AAAAGUCAGAGGCUCCCUUGCCAAGUCCAGUCCAAACAAACAACAAAGAAAAAAAAACAUCAAAGACUUCAUGCUGGAGAGAAACGAGUGUGAUAAAGCCUUAAUUUCAGAUUCAGAACUUAAUGGACAGCAGAGAAUUCAUAAGGAAACGAAACCUUAUAAAUGUAAUGAAUGUAGGAAACCCUUCCAAGGCAAUUCAGAUCUUAUUAAACAUCAAAUAAUUCACACUGGAGAAAAACUUUACAAAUGUAGUGGAUGUGGAAAAACCUUCAUUCGGAACUCUGUCCUUACAGAAUACCAGAGAAUCCAUAUGGGCGAAAGGCCUUAUAAAUGCAGUGAAUAUGGGAAAACCUUUAGGGGGAGCUCACAACUUAUUCAGCAUCAAAGAAUUCACAGUGAAAAGAAACCCUAUGAAUGCAAUGAAUGUUCAAAGACUUUUAAUCAAAGUUCAGACCUUGUUCAACAUCAUAGGGUCCAUAGUGGAGAAAAUCCCUAUGAAUGUAAUGAAUGUGGAAAAGCCUUCAGGUGGAGUUCAGACCUUGUUAGGCAUCAGAAUAUUCAUAUUGGAGAGAAAGUUUAUGAACGUAAUGAGUGUGAGAAAACAUUCAGUCAGAGGUCAGGACUUACUCAGCGUCAGAGAAACCACACAGGAUCAUAACCCUAUGAAUACAGUAAUGAAAAAGAUGUCCGUACACACACACAU